AAACAUGGCGGUAGGCUGGGGACAUUAUUCAUCCCUUAUAUGACUAUAUGAAGGAAGAGGAAGGUUUUCCUGAAGAUGAGGCGACUGAAUCGGAAAAAAACUUUAAGUUUGGUAAAAGAGUUGGAUGCCUUUCCGAAGGUUCCUGAGAGCUAUGUAGAGACAUCAGCUAGUGGAGGUACAGUUUCUCUAAUAGCAUUUACAACUAUGGCUUUAUUAACCAUAAUGGAAUUCUCAGUAUAUCAAGAUACAUGGAUGAAGUAUGAAUAUGAAGUAGACAAGGAUUUUUCUAGCAAAUUGAGAAUCAAUAUAGAUAUUACUGUUGCCAUGAAGUGUCAAUAUGUUGGAGCAGAUGUAUUGGAUUUAGCAGAAACAAUGGUUGCAUCUGCAGAUGGUCUAGUUUAUGAACCAACAGUAUUUGAUCUUUCACCACAGCAGAAAGAGUGGCAGAGGAUGCUGCAGCUGAUUCAGAGUAGGCUACAAGAAGAGCAUUCACUUCAAGAUGUGAUAUUUAAAAGUGCAUCAACAGCUCUUCCACCAAGGGAAGAUGAUUCAUCACAGUCUCCAGAUGCAUGCAGAAUUCAUGGUCAUCUAUAUGUCAAUAAAGUAGCAGGGAAUUUUCACAUAACAGUGGGCAAGGCAAUUCCACAUCCUCGCGGUCAUGCACAUUUGGCAGCACUAGUCAACCAUGACUCUUACAACUUUUCUCAUAGAAUAGAUCAUUUGUCUUUUGGAGAGCUUGUUCCAGCAAUUAUUAAUCCUUUAGAUGGAACUGAAAAAAUUGCUAUAGAUCACAACCAGAUGUUCCAAUAUUUUAUUACAGUUGUGCCAACAAAACUACAUACAUAUAAAAUAUCAGCAGACACCCAUCAGUUUUCUGUGACAGAGAGGGAACGUAUCAUUAACCAUGCUGCAGGCAGCUAUGGAGUCUCUGGGAUAUUUAUGAAAUAUGAUCUCAGUUCUCUUAUGGUGACAGUCACUGAGGAGCAUAUGCCGUUCUGGCAGUUUUUUGUAAGACUCUGUGGAAUUGUUGGAGGAAUCUUUUCAACCACAGGCAUGUUACAUGGAAUUGGAAAAUUUAUAAUUGAAAUAAUUUGCUGUCGUUUCAGACUUGGAUCCUAUAAACCUGUCAAUUCUGUUCCCUUUGAGGAUGGCCACACAGACAACCACUUACCUCUUUUAGAAAAUAAUACACAUUAACACCUCCCAAGUGAAGGAGAAAAACUUUUUGCCUGAGACAUAAAACCUUUUUUUAAUAAUAAAAUAUUGUGCAAUAUAUUCAAAGAAAAGAAAACACAAAUGAGCAGGAAACAUACUUAUUUUAAAAAAGAGAAAAAAAGGAAAAAAAGAACACCAAACUGAAAUUCUUAUAUUUGUUGUGUCUGUUACAAAUGUCCUAGAAGAAAUAAUGCAGCUAAACAGUGAAGAAGCCCAACUGGAGUGUUGCUUUGAAGAUGACGCCUUCUUAAAUUUUCACACAAAAUGGGCAGUAUCGAAAUCAGACUUGGAUUCUUGGUGAUAAAAAGCCUGAAGGAAAUCAGUGAAACCACAUCUAUCUAUGGGGGAAAAAAACAUUGAGAAGUGCAAAUGUUUGCAUCCUUUUGUUUUUAAAAGAUAUGAUGUCAGAAUAAAAUGUGGAAAACAUAAAAAAAA